AUGCUUGUCAACCAACCCGAUCUGGCACGGUACUGUAAAAAGCCUAGAGAUGCCGGCUAUUUACAGGGUGUGUCGGUAUUCUUCAGCAAAGUGCUCAUUCUCGCGCUUGGUCUUUUGGCCACUAGCUCCAUGGAAGGUGUCUAUGGCGUUGCUUACUGGAACAUGUGGGAUCUGAACGAUGCGAUUCUCGAUCACAAUUGGACGCCAGCUGCACGCUGUGGCAUCUUCCUCGUCUCCUUUUCGUACCUCCUAAGCGUAUUUGGAGUUAACCUGGGUGCAAACUCAAUUCCCUUCGGUGCGGACAUGACGGGUCUGUUCCCGAAAUAUCUCACAAUUCGAAGAGGCCAAGUGCUCUUCAUGGGUAUGCCCGGCCUUGUCGCAGCAUAUAAUCCCAGGCUCGUGCCUCAAGCCGGAAAAGACAUGUACAAGCUCGGGUGGAUCUUAACCUUCACCACUGCUGGAGUCGUGUACUUUAUCCUCGUACAGAUCCGCAAGCCGAGGGUAUUCCCUACUGGAUUCGAGGAUAUUCCUGUUACCUGGGAGUAUCUGGCUACUGGUGGCAGGGAUGGCUUUUUUGAUGGAGAGAGAGAUGCAUACGCUGGAGGUUCGCCGAGUGAGAGCGUGGUCGAGGAACCUUAUGGUCAGGUGGAUGAGAAGCCGAAGAGUGCUUAUUGA